UCUUUUUCUCUCUCUCUCCCCCUCGAUCUCUAUUCGCCCUCGCUCGAUGGGCUACGCCGCCGAAAGAAGGUCAAAGAUCGAUUCUCGGGCCGACGAGGGUCGUGACCUCGCCGUACGCCGCCGCCGAGUACGAAGUGACCCACGCGCGUAGUAGUACUAUCCGCUAUAGUAGUAGUACGCCGGCCAGAAGCGCGGAAGAGUUGUAUUCGGUGAGGAGGCGAGGGGUGGCGGUGUGACGGUGGGUGGAGAGAGGAUCGAUCGGGCGGAGGAUCAUCGUCGCGAUGCGAGGAUGAGGUUGAUCGACCGGCAGAGAAGGGACCGCGGAAUCGGUGGUGUCUCCGUUGAGAUCGACGAUACGCGGCAGCCAUCUCUCGCAUAGUAAGAACGAGGACCGAAACGAUCACGUCCUCGUCAAUGCACGUCGUUCGCGAACGCGCCAUCGCACGUAGAGUAGAAACGUCCGCGCGCAUCCCAGGACACGCCGUUAUCGUGUCCGCGAUUUGGCGUAAAAGAUCGCGAAGGCGCAAGGAGAUCGGAAACGUAUCGUCGACGUCGUCGUCGUCACCGUCGUCGUCGACCAUAGCCGGAUGCUGGAGCACGAAGUUGGAAACGAAGCGAAGAUCGAGUCGCCCAAAGAAAGGCGAUCGUCGAGAUUUUGGCGCGCGAAGCAUCACACAUCCAUCCUCCGACUGUUACCCUAACUGAAAGCUCGGAUAGACCGGACGGACGUCCUGCUGCGAUCGGACGGGGAAACGCUCGUUGAUCGAAUCAUCCGUCAAUCGGACAAUCGGGCUGAUAUGAGCGUGAAGACGCACGAGGGUGACGAGAGACUGGGGAACGGUCUGGGCAAGGCGUGACGAAGCGACUGCGGAAAUUUCGGGUUGUACGGGAUUCCCUUGGGAAAUCGGAGAACGCGCGAGCAUUGCCCGCUCGAAUCGUUAGGUCGAGAAAGAAAAAGACGCGUGGAUUUAUUAUAAUUGCACAGAGCGCGAUCGCGAAAGCGAGAGAAUCGGGCGAUUCUCUCGUAGAAGAGGAGGAGGACGACGACGAGCACAUCGACGGAGUACCGAAGAGACGCUGACGUGACGACAACACUGAUUCAAAACGUUCUCUCGCGGCUACGAGGAGGAGGAGGAGGUCCGACGGCUGCACGCCGAGGUUUCCCGUAGAAUGUCACGGGACCUUUACUCAAGCAGUGGCGUGAUCGGUCCCGGUGGUGGCACACGUUCGCCACGCAGCGGUCGUCGCGUGGGCGAGCUGCCGACCGUUGAUCGUAGCCCGUCGCGAAGUUAUGCCAGCGGUCGUGGCAGUCCGCUCGGUGGUCGUAAGCAACGGGGAACACGCAGCGGCAACAACUCACCGGAGCAUCUAGGCUACGGCGGCGGCUACCAUCACCAUCAGCUGGGCAGCCCGUACUACUCCCGCGACGAGGACCUCGGCAGUCCCGUGAUGCUCGAGGAGAGGGGCAGGAGUAUGUCGACCGGGGGCGGUGGGGGCGGACAUCACCGAUCCAGAAGCGCCUCGAGACCCGCCAUGUCCAGCUCGGCGGGCAUGGUAGCGCGUUACACCAGCCUCGAUCGUGCCUCCGCAGGCGUUCUCGACCAUGAUCGGGAAUUCAUGCCGAUACGCGAGCCGAGCCGCGAGCGUAGCCGCGAUCGCGGACUCUACCUGGAGGACGAGUUAUACGGCUCCAGGUCAGCGCGUCAGAGCCCGAAUCCGCACAUGCUGCGCGAUGGAGGCAUCUACAUCGGCGAGCUCCAGCAUCAGAACAACGAUCUGCAGCGCGAGCUCGGUAACCUGAAGAAGGAGCUCGAGUUGACGAACCAGAAGUUGGGCAGCUCGAUGCACAGUAUCAAGACCUUUUGGAGUCCGGAACUGAAGAAGGAGCGGGCGUUGCGCAAGGAGGAGAGCACCAAGUACAGCCUCAUCAACGAACAGCUCAAGAUGCUCAACUCGGAGAAUCAGAAACAAAGCAUUAUGGUCCGCCAACUGGAAGAGGAGCUCAGAAUGAGGAUGCGCGGGCCGAGCGUCGAGAUGCAGCAACAAAUGGAAGUUUUGUACAAUGAGAACGAGCAUCUGACUCGCGAAAUUGCCAUACUUCGUGAUACGAUAAAGGAGCUGGAAUUAAGAAUAGAAACACAAAAACAGACGCUACAGGCUCGUGAUGAGAGUAUCAAGAAGCUCCUCGAGAUGCUCCAGAACAAGGGGAUGGGAAAAGAGGAGGAAAGGAUCAUGUUCCAGCAGAUGCAGUCGAUGGCCCAGAAGCAGCUGGACGAGCUUCGGACGGAGGUACAGCGACGAGACCAGGAGCUGCUGGCGAUGUCGGCGAAAAUGAAGACGCUCGAGGAGCAACAUCAGGAUUAUCAGAGGCAUAUCGCCGUGCUCAAGGAGUCUCUCUGCGCCAAGGAGGAACAUUAUAAUAUGCUGCAGGCAGAUGUCGAGGAGAUGCGGCAGCGGCUCGAGGAGAAGAACCGGAUGAUCGAGAAGAAGACGCAGGCGGCGAUGCAGGCGCAACAGGAGCGCAAUCGCAUGAACACCGAGCUGACCGAAAUCAAGGAUCACAUGGACAUCAAGGAUCGCAAGAUCAACGUUCUGCAGCGCAAGAUCGAGAAUUUGGAGGACCUGCUGAAAGAGAAAGACAAUCAGGUCGACAUGGCCAGAGCCAGGCUGACGGCGAUGCAGGCGCAUCAUUGCAGUAGCGAAGGUGCACUUAGUAGUCUCGAGGAGGCGAUUGGGGAUAAAGAGAAGCAAAUGGCACAAUUACGCGAGCAAAGGGACCGGGCCGAGCAGGAGAAACAGGAGGAGAGGGAAUUGCACGAGAGGGAGAUCGCCGAAUACAAAAUGAAGCUACAUACAUUGGAGUCCGAGGUCGAGAAAUUGGGCGCACGUUUGGAGCGAGCGCAGGCGGAGAAAGACCGGCUGGAGGCGAAGCUCGAGAGCUCGCAAUCCGAGCUCGGCAAGAGCAAGGCUGAGCUGGACAAGGCCGCCUCCGAGGUCGGACGUAGCGGCGCCGACUGGGAGGCGGCGAAGCAGCGGCUAGCCAGGCUGGAACUGGAGAACGAAAGACUGCGGCACGACAUGGAGCGGUCGCAGGGCUACGGCAGAAGCACGCUGAACUCGUCUCAGGAGAUGGAGCGCGUUCAGGAACGGGCCGACAAGACGGCCGGAGAGUUGAGGAGGGCCCAGGCCGAGCUGAGGGUCACGCAAGCGGACAAUGAGAGGGCACGUGCCGAGGCCGCGUCCCUCCAAGAGAAGGUGGAGAAGAGUCAAGGCGAGGUGUACAGGCUCAAGGCCAGGCUCGAAAAUGCUCAAGGCGAACAGGAGAGCCUGCGGGAAGAGUACGAUCGGGCACAGGCGUCCGUGGCCCGUCUUCACUCUGAGAGGGACAAGGCGGUCAGCGAGCUCGAGAAAUCGCAAGAGGAGCUUGAACGCACGCAGGCCACCCUCGGCAAGGCGCAACUUCAGCAGGACAAGCUGCAGAAUCUGUUGGACAAGACGCAGAGCGAGGUCGACAAGCUGCAGGAGAAGCUCGAUAAAACGCAGACGGAAGUUCGUAGAAUGCAAAUGGAAAAAGAAAAGCAGAACUACGACUUCGAUAAUCUGCAGAGCCAGCUUGACAAAGCGUUAGGACAGUCAACGAGAAUGCAGAAGGAGCGCGAGGCGAUUCAGCUUGAUGUGGAUCGACUGCAGGACAAGUAUGAGAAAGCUCAGGUCAUAAUGCAACGACUGCAGAAGGAACGAGAUAGCUUCCAGGAAGAGAUGGAGAAGAUGCACGAGAGGAUAGAAUUCCAGCAAAAUCAAAUAGCCAAGAUGCAACGCGAAAAGGAGAAUGUACUCUCAGAACUCGACUUGGUCAAGGAGAGAUGGGAGAAGGCGCACAAUACUCAUCAGAAAUUAACGUUGGAACGAGACGACGCGUUGACCGAAAUCCAGAUCUUAAAGGAGAAACUGGAGAAGGCACAGUAUACUAUGAACAAGGCUCAGGAGGAGCGAGAGAACGCCACCAAGGAAUUCGAAAAGAUGUUGGAAAAAUAUGAUAGGUCACAGAGCGAGGUGUACCGUCUGCAGAACCGCCUUGAUGUUAUGGAGGCGGACAAGGACCGGCUCGAGUUGGAGACGGAGAAGCAGCAGAUGUUGGCGACCAAGUCACGCGAGGAAUCGCGUAAGGCACAGGAGGAAUUGGCUCGGGUGCAGGAAAUGUAUGAUCGCGCAGCGCUGCAGCUCGGUCGCACGAAAGAGCACGAGGAGAAAUCAAAGGAGAACAUCGAUCGGCUGAGCGUCGAUCUAGAGAUGGUGCGCGAGCGCUACGAGAAGUCGCAGAUCGAGCUGCGACGAUUGCAGAACGAGCGCGAGAAGCUGGUGGCCGACAACGAGCGCAUCAGCUUCGAGCUGGAGCGCGCGCAUUCCCAGCUCAACAAGGCGCAGGCGGCGACGGAGAAGACGCAGGAGGAGCUCGCGCGUAUGCAGCUCGAGAUCGAGAAGAUGUACGAGAAGCACGAUCGUCAGCAGGCGGAGGUGAGGAAGGCGCAGGGCGAGGCGGAACGACUGCGCACUGAGGCGGAGAGCGCGCGCGAGGAGGCCGAGAGGUAUGCAACACGUUUCGGCAAGUACCAGGAGAGCCAGGAGCGACACAAGGAGGAGCACGAGUGGGCGAAGCUGGAGGUGGAGCGGCUACGCGACCGUCUGGAGAAGGCGCAGGCAGAACUCGAACGCGCGCGGAAAGCUGAGCAGGACGCCUCGAGGCUGCGCGCCGAUCUGGAGCGUGCGGAAGGCGUGCGAGGUAAAUACCAGUACGAGCAAGAGAAGUGGCAGAGCGAGGGUAGUAGGCUACAGCAGGAGGUGGAAAAGCUACGCGAGCGGUUGGAAGGCCGCGAAACAGAGCUGAAGAGGACGCAGUCGAACCACGCCGAGCUCGAGGCGAAGCUGCAUGAGGCGCAGCUUCAGCUCGAGCGGGCGCGCGAUGACACCGGCAAGGCUACGGCGCAGCACGAACGCAAUCGUUCGGAAAUCGAGCGUGCGCGAAUAGAGGCCGAGAAGAUACGAGAUCGGCACGACAAGGUGAAGAUGCGGGCUGACGCGCUCGAAGCGGACAACGAGAAGUUGCGCGUCGAGAUUGUGCGGCUGGAACGACUGAUGCAGACCGAGGGUAAGACGAGAUCCGAGAGCGCGAGUAUUGAGGUAGAGCGUCUACGAGCUAGCCUGGACAAGGCGAUCGUGGCGCGUGAUCAGGUCGAACUUGAGGCCGGCAGGCUCGCGAAGGAACUGGAGAAAGCGCAUCUGCAGACCUCCAAAUAUCAGGAAGCUACCGAGGCCACUAAGAAGGAGCUCGAGCGUCUCGCCGCAGAUGUGCAGCUACUGCGGGACGAACGCGAUGCGAUGCGCCAGGAGCUGCGUCGCGUGCAACAGCAACAGCAGCAGCAGCAGCAACAGCAGCAGCUUGCCGGCAACGAGGAACUUGCCCGAAUGCAGUACGAGCUGCAGCUGGCGCAACGCGAACGCGACAAGAUGGCAGCGAUUCUGGAGAACCGGGAAAAGCACUCGGAAAAGAUGAAGGAGAAGUUGGAGGCAGAUUCGAAGCAGUUACAGGUGGAGCGCGAUCAGCUGGUUAUACAGCUGGAGAAGUCGCAGGAAAUGCUGGUCAACUUCCAGCAGGAGCUUAGCGCGAACGAGGCCGAGCUCGAGCGUCAGCGCGAGGAGGCCCGCCGUCUCCAACAGCGGGCCCACGCGCAGACACCCGAUCGCGCUGCCAAGGAGGCGCUUGACGCGCAAAUGCGCGAGGUGCAACGGCUGCAGCAGCAGGUACAGAACUUGCAGCAGACGCAGCAGAAGGAGCGACAGCGCGCCGAGCAGGCGGAGAAGCGGGUGCAGGAGCUGCAGAAGCAGCUGGCGUCACGCGGCACCGAGACCGCCCAAUCCGACGCGGCUCAGCUUGAGCAGUGGCGGAAACUGUGCGAGACGGAGCGGCAGCGGGCGGACACUGCCGAGCGCGAGGCCGGCGACCUGCAGAAGCGGAUACAGACGACGGAACGGCAACUGCACGCGCAUCAACAGCAGAUCCAACAGAUGCAGGCCACCAUGCAGCAACAGCAACAACAGUUGCAGCAGCAGCAGCAGCAGCAGCCCGUACAGCAGAACGGACAGGAGGUCGCCAGGCUGAGAAAGGAGCUGGAACGCGCGCACGAGGAGAUUAAGCAGGCGACCGUGGAGCGCGAGCGGUUCCAGGCGCAGCUCGAGAUGCUGUGCCAGGAACUGGAGAAGAAUCAGGUGGACUUGCACGAGGCGAACAAGAAACUCCAAGCUGGCGCCGCGAAAGCUGGCGCCGACACUAUUCAAGAGAGGAAACAGAUCGAGGAACAGAGACGACAAUUGGACGAGCAGAGAAGACAAAUGGACGAACGAGCGAAGGCCGUAGAUCAGAAAGCUAGGACGACGGAAGAAAAGGAGAGGACGCUCCAAAAUCUCGACCAAGACUUGAAGAAGAGAAAGGCGAGAAUGGACCAACUGGAGCAACAGUUACAAAAGAGUGGUGGAGCGCCGGACAAGAGAUUAGCGGAAAUGCAAAAGGCGCUCGAGACUGCCGAGAAGGAAUUGGAAAAGGCGAAGGAGGAAUCGGGCAGGAGCGCCGCCGAGACCGAGAGGCUAUUGCAGCUCGUGCAGAUGACACAAGAGGAGCAAAACUCUAAGGAGAAACAGAUUAGAGAUCUUCAAGAUGCACUCAAAACCGCACAAGCCAAGUUGAAACAAGCUACAACUGCACAGCAAGAGGCGGGACCCGCCGGAUUCCUAAAAAGCUUGUUCUAAGGUCGAUUUUCGUUGGGGACGCCUUCUCCGUUCUUUUUAGUACAAUUUGCAUAUUAUAAGCGAGACUUUAUGAGUAUAGACGUAUACACGAGGGACUUAAACGAAGGAUUGAUGUCGAUCCGCCAAUGGACAAAGCCCAUGUCGAGACAUAUAAUUAUUUUACGUAAAAACGCUGCGACCAUUGUUAACGUAUUUAAUAAUUAUAGCGGAGGGAUAAUAACGAUAAUAACACAACAAUAACUUGAUAUAUAAAUACAAA